AUGAUUAUCACAUCGAAGAGGUGGGGAUAUACUCUUCCAAAGCUGGUGGUUGGACGCAUCAAAUUGUUUGGGACAAUUCAAUUGAGAUAUAUACUCCGCUUAUCAGGUGGCGCAUUUUUCAACGGAGUGUUGUAUUUACGUUCUGAUAGUAAUACAGUUGCAGCCAUCGACGUGCAGGGUAAUUAUAGGAUCAUUCCUACUCCUACUUCACCUGAUGCUCGUGGUGUUCCUAAUGUUUAUGUAUCACGAGGACAAUUGUAUCUCACAGAUCAUGCUUCUUCUGAACUGUCAAUCUGGGUUCUUGAAGAUUCUAUUAGUGAAAAUUGUUGGACAUUGAAGCUCAAAGUCAGCUACAUGCAACUGGUCGGAGUAGAGUAUUCAAGCGCCGGGGAACAUUAUGGUGUUAUCUCAGCCCACCCAGAAGACAAUGUGAUAUUCAUAAUUGUAGAAUCGGCAUCGAGGAUCUUUCCGCAGAUGAAAUUAUUGUCAUACAAAGUGGAUUCGAGGGAGCCGCGUUUCGUAUGUGAUCUUGGACGGAAUUCAAGGUGCCCUUAUGUUCCAUAUGUUCCUUUGUUCUCGGAGUCAUUAGCGGACGGGCACUAA